AUGCAUCUCGCCGCCUCCCUCGUCCUCCUCACGGCCCUGACCGGCGCCCACGGACUCGUCGCCCAGCGCGACGCCGCGCCCGUCAUUGCCGUGCUGACGGCCGUGCAGAACGACAUUGACGGGCUGGACACCGCCGUGCAGGGCUGGACCACGGACCCGGCCCCGGUCCUCGACGCCUCCAACCAGCUCGUGGCCACCAUCGGCCAGGGCACCACCACGGUGCAGGGCACGGCCGACCUCACCCUCGAAGAGUCCCUCGACCUCCUGCCGCCCGUCGACUCGCUCAAGCAGCACGCCCAGACGCUCGUCGACGACCUCAAGGCCAAAAAGGACGUCAUCCAGCAGGCCGGCCUCUGCGAGAUCGUCAGCGGCCAGAUCGCCGACAUCAGCGCCGCGAGCAAGCAGCUGAUUGACGCUACCGUGUCCAAGGUGCCCCCAGAGGCGCAGGACAUUGCCGCGCAGCAGGCACAGGGCAUCAACGACGUUCUUGCGGAUGCGCAGACGGCCUUUUCCGCGGAGAACUGCACCAACGCCUAG